AUGGGACUUUCCAAUUUUCUGCAAGGUAGACUCUUACGAUGGGCCAUCACUGUUAGUGCCGGUAGUUGUUAUUUGCUCUUUGGUUACGAUCAGGGUGUUCUUGGUGGUUUGGUAACACAGCCAAGCUUUUUGGACGCAAUUGGACGCCCGAGUUCAAGUUUCUUGGGUACCAUUGUGGCUCUGUACAAUAUUGGUUGUUUGGCUGGAUGUAUCUUUGCUGCCUUAUUUGGAAACAGGCUGGGCCGAAAGAACACUGUCCUCCUUGGAAGUGUGAUUAUGGUCGUUGGCGGAGUCAUUCAAACUGCCACUUAUGGGGCGGCGCAACUGAUUGUCGGUCGGUUGGUUUCUGGGCUCGGAAAUGGUAUGAACACGUCCACAAUUCCAGUAUACGUAUCGGAAUGCUCGCCCGCAAAAUAUCGAGGUAGAUCUGUCGCAAUACAGCUCUCUAUCGUUAUUUUCGGCACUGUUGUAGCUUACUGGCUGGACUAUGGAACUAUCAAAAACCUGACUGGAGAGGUUGUCUGGCGAUUUCCAAUUGCAUUUCAGAAUGUCUUUGCUUUGUUCACAAUCUUUACUCUUCCAUUUCUUCCGGAGACUCCCCGAUGGUUAUAUUCUCAAGGCCGCAAAGAAGAGGCAGUAAGUGUUCUUGCCAGACUGCAGGGUAGUAGUGUGGAUGACCCCCAAGUCAAGAUGAUCGAAGCGGAGAUGGCAGCUGCCUUGCAGCUCGAAGAGGAGUCGGUCAAAUUUUCAUUCAAAGAUCUUAUCAACGACAAGACUCCAGUAAAGAACACACGCCGUCUCGUUCUAUGCUUUAUGAUCCAAUUCUGGCAGCAGUUUACCGGUAUAAACGUAAUUGCCUUCUACGUAACUAUUGUAUUAGAGGUCAACGUUGGCUUGUCUCGCGAGACAAGCAGUCUUGUUGCUGGCUGCAUCCAGAUUGCUUUUUGGCUAGGAACACUACCGCCCAUAUUUUUUCUUGAUAAGCUGGGCCGUCGUCCUACAUUACUAUUCGGUUCAAUUGCACUUCUUACUGCCAUGGCCAUUUUUACCGCUGGCAUUGCAGUCAAUACGAAGGCAACCGCAAACAUGGCGCUUGCAAUGCUUUUCCUUUACGAAAUAUCGUUCGGCAUGUCUUGGAACUCUAUUCCAUGGCUGUAUGCGGCAGAAAUAACACCCAUGCAACUACGUCAUGUUGGAUCUGCCGUUGCCACGUUUUCGGAAUGGUUGUGGACCUUUGUCAUUGCUCAAAUUACACCCCACGCGAUUGAAAAUGCUGGUUGGAAAUUCUACUUGCUCUUUUGCGUAAUGAUUACUUUGAACAUUCCCUUCACCUUCUUCUUUUUCCCUGAGGUAAGUGUCAUCUUUACAAUGCAACGGCAAUUCGAAUAUUCACUAAGCGCAUUUUCAGACAAGCGGAAAGACUCUUGA